CCGACAUGCUGCCCUCGACAACUGGCCUGCUCUGCCAGUCUGCCUGGCUGCAUAGCACAUGGCCGCUGUGCUACGGCGGCAAAGAAGGCCAAGCUUCUGACCAAGUCUUGGCCCUCGGAAGCGGACGAUACACGAGAUCUGCCGUGGAGCCUGGAACUUACACCCCUUGCCCGGCUUCCGAUUCCUCAUCACGGGGCGCAGCAGCAGCAGCACAUGUCUGCGCUUCUCAUCAGACGCCCGCCACUCGACAUCAAACGAACUAGCGUCACACUUUACCCUGCCUGACAGCUCCAUCGUCCAGUCACACUGCCCUCGUCCGGUUCGAGCCUCGACUCAUCAGACCGGAUGCUCACUUUGUCGAGAUGGCUGCCUUCGCCAUGGCCUCGCCCGCUCCCAGGUUGGGCCUUUUUCACACGUUCACCUAUUCAGCCGGGCCAGAUCAGACGAGGCCAUCAAUGGAUGAGAUGUGUAUAUAACCUCUUCUUAGUCCAGCUCUCAACUUCUUGGCGACGAACUACACACUCACUCACACAACCACACAACAACAUCUCUCGCAUCUCGCACCUGCACAGACCUCUCCUUGCCCUUCUUCCACUCCUUACUACUACCACCUUCAACCCGGAUCUGCGACCAGGAGUCUGCGAAUCCGUUUCAACACUUGGCAUUGACUGCUUAACAAAACCCUUACUCGAGUCCUCGUUUCCAGUUUCGUUUUCACAAGCUCACAGGCCACCCCUUGCCUUGUAAUACUUACUUUAUUACCAUAAUCGUCGAUUAACCCGAACCAACCCACACACCCCCAAACAACAUCAUCGCCAACAUGGUCGCCCUCAAAGCCACAGCAGCACUCACCCUCCUCUUCGCCCUGCAGGGCGCCGUCGCCUUGAGCACCCCCUCCUCCCGCACCGCAAAGCACGAGCAGCGCCAGGCCGCCCAGAAGCCCCCCGUCCUCCAGGCCCAGCCGAGCCAGCUCCCGGACCCGACCCUCGCCGCCGGCAAGGGCAACGGCAAGAACGCCCAGUUCAUCACGGGCGAGUGCGUCAGCUCCGCCGACUGCGGCGCCAGCCAGGCGGACCUGUCAAAGGUGUGCUGCGCCUCGGUCAAGAACCAGGCCGGCGCCACCGUCGGCGUCUGCUCCGGGUCCGCGGUCGGCGACGCCGCGCCCAAGCUCGGGUGCGGCUUUGGCGACGGCAAGGUGAACUCGGCCGCGGGCGCUGGUGCUGCUGCUCCUGCUGCUGGCAGUGGCAGUGGCAGUGGUGGUGCUGGUGCUGCCUCGGGCGGUGCGGCAUCGAACAACGCCGCCUCGGGUGCCCAGGGUGGUAACGCAGGCGGGUCGGCAGCAGCACCGGCUGCUGGUGGGCAGUGCCCCCCGACCAGCACCAACGACAGCCUCGGGCCCGGCAACGUCGGCGUCGCGGGCAAGCAGUUCGUCACGGGCCAGUGCACGAGCGACGCCAACUGCGCGUCCAACUGCUGCGUGCUCGGCGGCGGCAGCGACAAGUCCAUCGCCGUCUGCCGCAACGAGCCCGCGCUCAAGCCCACUGAGAAGUGCGGCUUCACCUGUACCGCCUGAGCGGAGCAAGGCAAAGCAGGCUGAGAAUGCUUGCUUGCUUGCUGGGGAUCGACGUGGUUUCUUUUGGGGGACGGAUACAC